CAGAGCGAGAUGUUGGCACAGAGGAUCGCGCAGCAGUCGCUUCGGCGGUUAGCCGCACAGCCCAAUGCAUACCGAUUCGCGGCGCCAGCAGCAGUCGCAAUGGGCAUUGCCGGACAGAAGAGACUGGUCGCAGCAGCCUCCGUCUCCGAAACCCACGCCCGCAACGAGAUUCUCGCCAAACAGCGCUUAAACCGCCCCGUAGCACCACAUCUCAGCAUCUACCAACCACAAAUCACCUGGUACCUCUCAGCCCUGAACCGCAUCACAGGCUGCACCGUCUCCGGCCUUUUCUACGCAUACGGAGCUCUUUACCUCGUAGCGCCGGUAUUGGGAUGGCAUGUGGAGUCGGCAGUUCUUGCCGCGAGCUUUGCUGCGUGGCCAGCGUUCUUGCAGGUGUUGACCAAGUUCACUUUGGCCAUGCCGUUUACUUUCCACUGUUUCAAUGGUCUGAGGCAUUUGGUUUGGGAUACUGCGAGCAUGAUUUCGAACCAGAAGGUUAGCCAGACAGGAUGGUUCGUGGUGGGUCUAACGACUGUGGCUUCUUUGGCUCUUGCGUUUAUAUAAGAGGAGAAUACAUAAAUUUCAGACACAGCCCUCGGCUUCACAGGAUGCAGAUUUUGAAAACCAGUG